UACAUUUCCCAGCAGACCUCACGGCUUACGUCAUAAAAGUGCGCUGCGCUGAGGUGGCUUUCGAGAGGUGCUUUUCUGCGGCUGCUCGCGUGAGACCCGUCAUGACAAAACUUCUGGAGUGGCUGCUCGGCGUGUCGGUGGUGGCGGCAGUCUGGGCUUUGGUCUCCUUCGACCUGCUGGACCUGAGCCUGCCUCAGACCUACAGAGAGGUGGCCUGGCCGAUGCCGCCGUACCUGCUGGUGUCAUUCGGCUGCUACUCGCUGGCCACGGUGGGCUACCGGCUGGCCACCUUCAACGACUGCGACGAGGCGGCCAAGGAGCUGCUGGAGCAGAUCCAGGAGGCCAAAGUGGACUUGAAGAAAAGGGGCUUAAAGAUGUAGAAGAGGGAGAAGGACUAUGUAGAAACUUUGGAGAGACUAAAUGCUUUACACACAACCACUUGUCUGCACGGAAAUAGUUGUUGUUUUAGGAUGUGCGAAAUGUGUCUGAUGAAACUCUUCUCAGAAGCGUCACCCUGUUUCUUUUGUUUCCAGCAGACGUGAUUGAACAUCAAUCAUUAUGCAGCGAUCUUUCUUAUUCAGUCACCUCUUGCAGAUUGGACAUCGAUCAAAUGGGCUUAAAGAAAUUCUAAAUGAUGAGCCUGAUGGAUGUUGUCUGGGUUUCUUCUAAGUGACAGGACAGCAGCGUGCACCUUGAAGAUACAGGUUUAAUAUUCUUUCCAUUAAAAUAUCUCUUUCAUGAAGUGAAACGUGUUAAACUACACCAGCUGGUUUGAAGAUGUUUAGAGCUGUUGGUUUCACUGAUUAACACGCCCGUGACCAGAUUCUUUCAAAAUGAUUAAAACGGUUCCGCAGUCAUGCAUUUUGUUGCAAACUCACUUAAUCACCUCUGACAGUCACUGGUCAGGAAAAAUACAAUAUGCAACAAGGUUGUUCAUCGAUAAAAUGCCAACAAAUGAAACCAGUGUCACACUGAUAAAAUCUUGAAAUAUUGUUUGUUUGGACUACGCUUUAUCUGUAAAGAGGUGAACAUUCCAUUGUUCAACUUUCAGACUUGUGCCCUGUACGUUUUGCUGAAACUGAAUUAAACUGGAGUCUAUUUUCUUCCAUUC